CCUUUGAGUGAGAGGAGAAGGGCUUGAGGCGCGCGCCAUGGAUCCCGAAUCUCAGCGGAGCUAUGCGGAGCUCCCAUCAGGGGAGGAGGCGGAGGAGAUUCAUUCAAAUCCCACUGCGGCGACGGAGAAUUCCAGGAACAGACGCAUUGAUCUAGUCCUGACGCUGGUGGGGAUUUGCUGCGUCGUCGCUGGAACUUUUUUCUGGAUCUCACUUCCUUCGAGCAACACCGAGAAUUUCUCACGGAUUGCUCCGGACGGGGGUUUCUUGGCCAGCGAGAGAACGGCAUUCCAUUUCCAACCGCGGAACAACUGGAUGAACGAUCCAAAUGGUCCUCUCUUCUACAAAGGCUACUACCACUUGUUCUACCAGUACAAUCCAUAUGGAGUAGAGUGGGGAAACAUCUCCUGGGGCCAUGCUGUGUCCACUGAUCUCCUCCACUGGCAACAUAUGGAUCUGGCAAUGCAGCCAGACAAGUGGUAUGAUGCAGAUGGAGUGUGGUCUGGCUCUGCAACAAUCCUCCCCAAUGGUCAAGUGAUCAUGCUCUACACUGGCUCCACAAAUGCCUCUGUUCAGGUCCAAAAUCUCGCUCUUCCACUCAACACCUCAGAUCCACUCCUGAGGGAGUGGAUCAAAAUCCCAGAGAAUCCCAUUCUGGUGCCACCACCAGGGAUUGCUCCUAAAGACUUCAGGGAUCCAACAACAGCAUGGCUGGAGGCUGAUGGGCUGUGGAGAAUUGCAAUUGGUGCCAAAAAGGGCAGGGCUGGACUGGCUCUCAUCUACAAAACCUUUGAUUUCCUGCACUGGGAGCUGGAGGAGGAGUAUCUACACACUGUUCAAGGCACAGGGAUGUGGGAGUGCAUUGAUUUCUAUCCAGUCUCAACUGCCACCAGCAAUGGGUUGGAUACAUCCAAAGUUCAGACCAAUGAGCUCACUAAGCACAUUCUCAAGGCCAGCCUGGAUGAUGACAAGCAUGACUACUAUGCAAUUGGGCUGUAUUCUGAGAGCUCUCAUACUUGGAUCCCUGAUGCCCUUGACAAUGAUGUUGGGCUGGGGCUGAGGUAUGAUUAUGGCAAGUAUUAUGCCUCCAAGACUUUUUUUGAUUCCAAGCACCAGAGGAGGAUCUUGUGGGGAUGGGCUAAUGAAUCGGACAGUCUGCAAGAUGAUAUCAGGAAGGGGUGGUCUUCGGUGCAGACACUGCCCAGGAUCUUGUAUCUUGACAACUUGACUGGUACCAACUUGAUCCAAUGGCCAAUUGAGGAGGUAGAUGCCCUCAGGCAUGACAAAGUGAGCAGAUCAAAUGUGCUUCUCAAAGGUGGUGACGUGGUAGAAGUUGAUGCAGCUCAAGGGGCACAGCUUGACAUUGAGGUGGGAUUUGAGUAUCCAGAUGCAAGCAAGCUGGACGCACUUCCAGAGAGCGAGAAUUACGAUUGCAGCCAAGGUGGGGCAACUCACAGAGGUGUUUAUGGCCCUUUUGGCCUCCUUGUUCUUGCUGAAGACAAGUUGCAAGAGAUGACAGCAGUCUACUUCUACAUGACACUAAAACGAGAUGGAAGUUGGGAAACAAGAGUUUGCAGCGACCAAAGCAGAUCAUCUCUAGAACCCGGAAUUGACACAACCGUGUACGGAACGCUCUUCCACAGGCUCCCAACGGAGGAUUCGCUCUCGUUGCGUGUCAUAGUGGAUCACUCCAUCGUGGAGACUUUCGUGCAAGGGGGACGCGCUUGUAUCACGUCUCGCGUCUAUCCAACGCUUGCUACUGGUGACAAGGCUCGCCUCUUCAUGUUUAACAAUGGAACGCAACCGGUUGUCGUGAAGAACUUGGAUGCGUGGAAGAUGAGAUCGACCACGCUGAGUGUCUUGCCCGUCACUGAAUGGAGGCUCGCUGCUCGACAAAGUUGAAUCAUUCUUUCAAGUUUAUAAGUGGUAGAAAUUCUCGAGAAGUAUAUAUGUACCUUGGAUAGAGAGGGAGGGUCUCACUUGGCAACGGGAAUGGCAACUUUUCGCUCUUUCUCCCACGCAACCUGGCCCAUCAUCGUCAGCAAAGAGCGAGCGUCCCGUUCGUCCAGAGCCUCCCGCUCGAAAGGUAUUCUUAUUUCCAUGAUACGUGGUGGAGAUCUUGUUAGAACUCUCAUGUCGAAACCGAGUCGAUCCACCCAAGUGAGGCUCGCUUGUUCGACCUGAAUUCAUACAAAUAAUCAAUAUACGGAAAGCUUUCAGCGUUUGAGAUUU